AUGAGCACGACGUGGAAGUGGAACGUUGCAAUGUUGAUUGUAGCCUUGGUGGUUGUGUGGAUCAGCCAUUGGCUUUACCGUUGGUCAAACCCCAAGUGCAAUGGCAAGUUGCCACCCGGAUCGAUGGGCUUUCCGAUAAUUGGAGAGACAGUUGAUUUCUUUGAGCCUUGUGGAUUCAACGAGGUCCCAUCCUUUAUAAAGAAGAGGAUGAUAAGGUAUGGGCCGUUGUUUCGGACAAAUCUUUUCGGUUCCAAAACGGUGGUUUCGACGGACCCGGAUGUAAAUUUCCAGAUUUUCCGGCAAGACAACACGUCUUUCGAGCUAGGCUACCCGGACAUAUUUGUCACGGUAUUUGGAAAAAAUAAUGUGUUUCUGAAGGAUAUUAGCAUCCACAAAUACCUAAAGAAUUUGACUAUGCAACUUCUUGGCCCUGAGGGUUUGAAGGGAACAAUGAUAAGUCAUAUGGACAGAGCGAUCGGGGACCAUUUCAAAUUGAAGGCUAGCCAGGGGAGCUUCGAUGUUAGGAAAGAAGUUGAAAGCAUGGUACUUUCGUACAUGACACCGAUCCUGUUAAGUAACCUCAAAGCAGAGACUCAAUCAAAGUUCAUACAUAGCUUAGAGGCCUUUAACCUUGAUUGGUUUCGAUCCUUCUUAAGUCUCUCUACCUGGAAAGCUCUCAUCAAAACCCUAAAGUCACGUAAAGAAGCGAUUCAGGUUAUUGAAGACGUUCUGAGGACGAGGAAAGAGUCUAAAGUAAAGGAAGGAGACUUCGUCAACACGAUGCUGGAAGAAAUGGAGAAAGAAGGUAGCUUUUUUAACCAAGGAUCGGCAAUAAACUUCCUCUUCAUUCUCUCAUUCGUCACAAGAGAAGGUACCUCUAGUUGCACUGCUGUGGUCGUGAAAAACAUAUUACAAAACCCGAAACGUGAGCAUAAGGCCAUUGCUGGAGUACUUAGCUGGGAAAAUUACAGGAAAAAUAUGACUUUCACCCACAUGGUUAUCAAUGAGUCGCUUCGACUGUUCAACACAAGCCCUUUAAUGUUUAGGAAGGCGGUGAAGGAUGAUCAGAUCAAAGGCAAGAACUACUUCAAAUUUAUAUGUCUUUUAUUGUGGGCAGGAUAUACAAUUCCGGCGGGUUGGAUUGUGGCGGUUGCACCUUCAGUGGUUCAUUAUGAUCCUACAAUCUAUGAGAACCCUUUUGAGUUUAAUCCAUGGAGAUGGGAGGGGAGAGAAAUGAUUUGGGGAUCCAAAACGUUCAUGGCUUUUGGAGGUGGAGUGACAUUAUGCAUGGGUGCAGAGUUUGCGCGGCUUCAAAUGGCAAUCUUCGUUCAUCAUCUUAUCACCUACUACGAUGUCUCGUUGGUCCAAGAAUGCGAGAUUGUUCGUACUCCAUUUCCUCAAUUUACUAAAGGCCUGCUUAUCAAAAUCUCAGAGUCCCCCAGCAACUGA